CUAAAAACUUCAAACUAAGAUUUCCUGCAUUCUUUGUGUUAUGUCAGGGAGAGAGAAGCAAAUCAAUUUUGGAAUGUUCUACCUGGGCUUUCUUUCAGGGAAAUAGAUGGGAUACAAACUCCAGCCAAGAUUUUCUGAUGCGUAUUUCAACCCCCCAUUAUGAAGCUCCAGUUUGCUGAAUCAGAAAUCCAUCAACUGUGCACAGCAAUGAGCAAAGCUAAGCAGGCAGGAACUACCCAGCAAAAUGCUCAUUAAAAUUAUUUAAAUAUCAGCUGUGGGACAUGAGCUAAAAGUGUGAUAUUGCAGCACACAAAAUUUGCUCAAUAUAAGUGGUGAUGAUGUAAGAUUUUUAACCUAGGGUUGAAGUUGCAGGCUUUGGGUGUGUGAAAAUGAAAGAGGUGCUCUCAGGAUAGUUUUAAAUCCUCUUUUAUUGACUCACUUCUCCUUUUUAUUGCUCCUACCAACUCUUAAAUGAAAAAUCCCCUGAGUAAGAAGAUGAGACGUGCUUAUAGCCGGUGAAGUGAGGGAAAACUCUGCCAGUGUGACCAUCCACCCAACAGUCCUGAAUUCUGUGGUCUCUGGAAUGAGUAUAAACUCUUAAUUUUGCAUCCUUGCUACGCUCCCCAGUCCAAAUUCUGAACAUCCCUGGAUAGUUUCACUGCCAGUGCUUGAUGACAUAUGUAUUAAGACAAAAAUUCCAGAAAGGACCAUCAUGCAGUUUGGUACACUGCAAGGAAAGGAAGACUGGAUUACAGGAGGAUAAAAAUGUGGGAUGUGUGAAAGAACAAUGGUUAUCAGGAUGCCUUUGUGGCAUUUCACGUUGACAAGAUGCUGGUGAGCAAAUACUUGAAGCCACUGCAGAUUGGGGAGCUGGCACCAGACCAACCCAGCAUUGAGCCCACUAAAAAUGAAAUGCUGGUGAAAGAUUUCCGGGAAUUGCGUGCUACAGUCGAGAGAAUGGGACUCCUGGAGCCAAACCAACUCUUCUUCUUCCUGCUCCUGGCUCACAUCCUGCUCUUGGAUAUAGCUGCCUGGCUCAUGCUCUUCUACUUCGGGACAUCCUUACUGCCCUUCGUUUUCUCCCUGCUGCUGCUGACCAUUUCCCAGGUCCAGGCUUCCUGGUUGCAGCAUGAUUUAGGACACCUCUCAGUAUUCAGGAAAACCAAAUGGAACCACUUGCUACACAAGUUUGUGAUGUGCCAUUUGAUUGGGGCCUCGGCCAAGUGGUGGACUCUCCUACACUCCCAGCACCACGCCAAACCCAACUGCUUCAACAAGGAUCCCGACAUUGACAUGCACCCUUUCCUCUUCACUUUGGGGAAGAAAUUCUCUGUGGAGCUUGGCAUCAAAAAGAAAAAAUACAUGCCCUACAACCACCAACACAAAUACUUCUUCAUCACUCUUCCUCCGCUCCUGUUCCCCACCUACUUCCACUACCACACAUUCUACAUUGCCUACACAAAGAAGUACUGGGUGGACUUGGCCUGGAUGCUGACCUUCUACAUCAGAUUCUUUUAUACGUAUGGAUCUUUGUUAGGAACAAAGAGUCUCCUGGCAUAUUAUUUUAUAUUCAGGAUGCUGGAGAGCAGCUGGUUUGUCUGGGUCUCACAGAUGAACCAUAUCCCAAUGGAUAUCGACUAUGACAAGAAUUUGGACUGGAUGUCUACUCAGCUCCAGGCAACCUGCAAUGUGGAACAGUCGCUGUUCAAUGACUGGUUCACGGGCCACCUCAACUUCCAGAUUGAGCACCACCUGUUCCCUACAAUGCCACGGCACAACUACUGGAAGGUGGCCCCUCUGGUGAAGUCCCUGUGUGCCAAGCAUGGCCUCGAGUACCAGUGCAAGCCUCUGCUCACAGCCUUCGCCGACAUUGUGCACUCCCUGAAGAGCUCAGGAGAGCUCUGGCACGAUGCCUACCUGCACAAAUAAAGGAGAAGGCUUGGUGCUACCAUUCACAGCCUGCCACCACUGCAUUGCCAGCAAGCUGAGGGGCAGGAACCACAACGGACUCUGGCAGAAGACAGUGAGUAAGGACUGAGGGAUAAAAUUCCAAUAGAGAUGAAGCUGCCUGAAUUUUUCUUCUGUUUUUUCCUGGGGUUAUGGUUCAGAUAUGUUACGAGUGGGCAGGGCAAAGCAGAAGGUGAAUUGUUAGGAGAGGGAGGAGCUCUCUGCUGACUGAGUGAGCAUUUCUGAGCCUGGGCAUGGGCUCAAAUCAGAUCAUGGACUGGUGCAGCUGCACACACUGAACUUCAUGUCAGAGGCCUCUGACCAUAGUUUUUUGUUUGUUUUGUUUUAUUGUUUUCCUCAGGCAGAGGGUUUAAUGCUUAAUACAGCAUUUGCUUACUUUAAUUUGAAACCACAAAGGAUUUUGGAUUAACAUGGUGUUCCAGCAGUGUGCUUAAACCACAAUAAAUUAGGAUAAACUACAAACAACACUUAAACUGUAGCAAGUGCACAUGCAGUGACUAAAAACAUAAAUGUGUUUUCAUUACUGUUCUCCAGAGCAUCCUCAUUGUCACAAGGCCAAGAAACACAUGGGUUAAAACCAGCUCAAGGCCUCUGCUCUCUUCAAAAUUUAUCUGGUUUUAGGGGGGUUCUUUGUACUUUGAGUAGGGCUGAGAAAUGUCCACU